AUGAUGAGCGGCUGCCAGCGCCUGCUGGAGCUGGAGUUCCCCAUCCGACGCGACGACGGCUCCUAUCAGAUCAUCAAGGCUUACAGGGCGCACUCCGGAACGCACCGCAUGCCUGCCAAAGGCGGUGUACGAAUGAAAUAUUUGGAAAUAACUUGCGCGUGCGUGCGCGUGCCCUACGGCGGCGGCAAGGGCGGCAUCUGCAUCGACCCCAAGGCCUACAGCUUGCAGGAGCUGGAGCGCAUCACGCGCCGAUACGCCCUCGAAAUCGCGCAGAGGGGCUUCCUGGGGCCCGGUGUUGACGUGCCGGCUCCCGACGUCAACACCAGCGCCCGCGAGAUGGCCUGGAUAGCCGACACCUACAGCAAGAGCUACGGGCACCUGGAUCUGAACGCGGCGGGCUGCGUCACCGGGAAGCCGCUCAUUCGCGGAGGCAUCCUCGGCCGCGAGCAGGCCACGGGCCGCGGCGUGUAUUUCGCCAUCGACAACUUCAUCAACGAGGAGGCGUGGAUGCAAGAGAUCGGCCUCAAGACGGGAUGGAAGGGCAAGUCCGUCAUGGUGCAGCAGUCAUUGAAGAGAGCAACAUUGAGCAGUGAUGGUGCCCCCUCCAAAGAAGUUCCAGGAGCGAUGACCAACGCUACGGAGGAAGGAAUCGUCAACGCCAGCCUCAGCCAAGGUCAUGCGGGAGAGCGCAGAACGCAGGACCUGAUCGACAACACCGCACACGAAUUCAACCUUUGUCCUGGACCUGCGCAGCGGCCGCCUACAUCAGCAACCAUCCGCGCGGUGCUGCACAGGCUACGAUCACGGCGGCGUCUGGCUCUAUUAGCCCCCCUGCGCCCCGCCGGCACCGGCAAGCAGCUCUGA